AUGCCUGGUAUUGAAAGUAUAAUUGGUAAUAAAUAUAAGAUUGGCCGUAAAAUUGGAAAUGGGUCUUUUGGUGAAAUUCAUCACGCGGUUGAUCUAGAAACAAAUGAAUCUGUGGCUGUUAAAUUGGAACCCAUACGUGCCAAAAAUCCCCAAUUGGAAUAUGAAUCCAAGAUUUAUCAGGACUUGCAAGGCACUAUCGGGAUUCCAACAUUAAAAUGGUUUGGGAUGUGGGAAACAGCAGAAUGCAAUUGUAUGGUUAUCGAUCUAUUAGGGGAAUCCUUAGAAGGGAUUUUAACUAAUUGUGAAAGAAAAUUAUCAUUUAAGACAAUUAUUCAAAUCGGUAUUCAAAUGUUGAGUAGGAUUGAAAAUUUACAUACCAAAAAUUAUAUUCAUAGAGAUAUUAAACCAGACAAUUUUUUAAUUGGUAAUAACAAGACAUCGAAUAUAAUCUAUAUGAUUGAUUUUGGUCUAACUAAAAAAUAUAUGGUUCCCAAUGAAGAUGGAAAAUUAACUCAUAUUCCUUUCAAAUCCGGUAAAUCUCUAACUGGUACAGCAAGAUAUGCAUCUAUUAAUACACAUAUUGGUAUUGAACAAGCUAGACGUGAUGAUUUAGAAUCAAUUGGUUACGUAUUGGUUUAUCUAUGUAAAGGGAAAUUGCCAUGGCAAGGCUUAAAGGGUACCACAAAAAAGGAGAAAUAUAAUGAAAUUCUAAAUAAGAAAAGAUCUAUUUCCAGUGAGGAGUUGUGUAAGGGAUUGCCACAAGAAUUUGAAGAAUAUAUCUCUUAUUGUAAGCAACUACUAUUUAAUGAAAAACCUGAUUAUCAAUAUAUCAAACAAAUUUUUUUCAAUUUACUUAACCGUUUCAAUUAUUCAAUUGAUCAUAUGUUUGAUUGGAUUCUAAUUAAAAAAGCCAAGAUUUUUUUGAUAAAUUAUUUUGAGAAGACAAAUAAAAAUUAUCAAUUACAAUUACAAUCACAGCAACAAUUUUCCAAAGAAAAAACUAAUAAAAAUUUUAAAAAUGAAAAAAAAAUAUACAAGAGAGAUCAUAAUAAGAAUUAUUUUUUUGAAAAUAAUAAUGAAUCUACAAAUAGUAUCCCCAGUUGUACCACGAGUAGUAACAGCAUGAAUAUAAAUAUGGCUAUGGGUAUGAAAAAUUAUAGUCUAGUAAAUAAGAAACGGCUAAAGGAAUUGACUAGCUUUGAAAAUAUCAGAAGAUUUCUAAUUUUAAAAUUUCCUGAAAAAUUCCAUUAUUAUGAUAAAAAUACAGAAGGAUUUCUACAAAUUGAAGAAUUAGUGGAUGUCACUAAAGAUUUAGAUAUGGACGAAAGAGGGUUGCCCACGUAUGAAGAGGUGGAAAGUUUUCGAUUGAUUGAAAAAAUGGGGAUCGAUAAACCCCACGAAAAUGGUUUGCAAAGUACUCAGAUUAGUGAAAUUAACAAUAUUAAUGAAGACUAUUAUUCCAUUACUGAAAAAGAUGAAAAAUUGCUUGUGGAGAAUAGCACUUUACUUUGUUUUGAUUUUCAAGACAAAUUUAAGAUCAAGAGCAGGCAUUCUAGUAGGAAUACUAAACUCUUUGAGCCUAAACGUUGGAAACAAGAGAAGGAGAGAGAUCGGGAAAGACAAGCUACAAAGGACGCAAUCAUGGAGGUAAUUGAAGCCAAGAGCAACGGUCUCCAAAGACAGUGGAUUAAGGGUCUCGGCGGCCCAGAGACUAAGCUGGAAAUGGGAGACAUUAUCCAUAACAGCCGGUAG